AUGCACACCCGCAAGCAGAGGUGGUACGCGCGGGACGCCCAUUCCGUCGGCGACGACCAGCUGAUGGGCGCAGCCGCCACCCUCAAAUGGGACGCCCUCUCCGCCCUCGGCGCCCCCUCUCAUCCCGCCGCCGUCGCCGCGGCCGGCGCCGUGGCCAGCGCCGGAGCCGGGGGCGCGGGGACCGGCGGCGCAGGGGCCGGCGGCGCGGCGGCGAGCGGCGCGCGCGAGGGCCUGCGGCUGUGGAACGCGGAGGCCCCGGAUCACUACAUUUUGGUUGUUGAGCUGAGGGGAUCUGCUGGGGAGGCGCUUGAAUUCGAGGCCUGCCAGGUCGGCUUCCGCGCGGCGUGGGUCACGGGCGGCAGCCUGCUGCACAACGGCGCGCGCAUCCUCGUGCGCGGCGUGAACCGCCACGAGUGGCACUGCAUCAGGGGAAAGGCCCUAGAUGAGGCUCACAUGAUCCGUGACAUCACCCUAAUGAAGCGCGCCAACAUCAACGCGGUGCGGUGCUCCCACUACCCCAACGCAACGAGAUGGUACGAGCUGUGCACCAUGCUGGGGCUCUAUGUGGUGGACGAGGCCAACCUGGAGACCCACGGCUUCGACCCCCUGUUCCUGCACGACACAAACCACCCAGCGCACAACCCGACGUGGCUGCCCGCCAUACUCGAGCGCGGCGCGCGGAUGUACGACCGGGACAAGAACCACCCCUGCGUGCUGAUGUGGUCCCUGGGCAACGAGGCCGGCUACGGCCCCGCGCACGACGCGAUGGCAGCAUGGCUGCGGCGCCGCGACCCCACGCGGCUCGUGCAUUACGAGGGCGGCGGCUCGCGCCACACCGCGACGGACGUGAUCUGCCCUAUGUACCCGCGACUGCCGCAGCUCCGGGCCCUCGCCGCCGCCGCGGACGCGGCGCGCGACCCGCGGCCGAUCAUCCUGUGCGAGUACGCGCACAGCAUGGGCAACAGCACCGGGAACCUGCGGGAGUACUGGCAGGCGUUCGAGUCCUGGCCGCGGCUGCAGGGUGGCUUCAUCUGGGACUGGGCGGACCAGGCGCUGCGAAAGACAGAGGUCGGGCCAGACGGAGAGGAGGUCACCUUCUGGGCCGUCGGCGGCGACUUUGGCGACACCCCAAACGACGCCCAGUUCUGCUGCAACGGCCUCGUCUUCCCGGACCGCACCCCCCACCCCGCGUACAGCGAGGCCGCGGCCUGCAUGGCGCCGGUCGGCUUCUCCCUCACGCCCGGCGGCGGCGGCGGCGGCGGCGGCGGCGGCGACUCGGGGCCGGCGCAGUGGGAGGAGCGGCGCCCGGGGCACGUCGAGCGAGAGAUUGAAGUGUUUGUCAAAAAUAAGCACUCCUUUGUCUUCACUUACUUUCUGGCUUUCGAAUGGAGGCUCCUGCUGCUCGGCCGGCCGGUCGGGGCGUCCGGCCCGCGCGUGGGCGGCGACGGCGAGGUCGGCUGGGCGGCGCUGCCGCCGCUGGCGGUGGCGCCGGGCGCGGAGGGCCGCGUGCAGCUGCCGCUGACGCGGCGGGAGGUCGCCGGGCAGCUGCUCGCCGCGGCGCAGGCGGCCGCGGAUGGAGGGGCAGCUGCGCUGAAGCUUCCGGUGGUGCCUGAGGACGGGCUGGUCGAGGUGCGGGCGCUGCUGACAUCAGACACCCCCUGGGCGCCAAAAGGCCACGUCGUCGCGCUGACUCAGCUGCAGCCGCUGGAUGCGACGUCUCUGCCGCCCCCGCGGCCCGGCGCGGUCGCCGCCGCGCUCCGCGCCGCGGCCGCGGCCGCCGCCGAGGGCGAUGGCAAGGCGCGGCAGCUGCGCGUGGAGCGGACGGCCGGCGGGGGCAUGGCCAUCGAUGGUCCCGACGGGCUGCGUGUUCGCGUCUCCGGUGCGACCGGCUGCAUCACCGCCCUGUCCCUCGGCGGCCGCCGCCUGCUGGCGGCCCCGCUGGAGCCCUGCUUUUACCGCGCCCCCACGGACAACGACCGCGGCGGCGCAGGCGGCACCAGCUACCUCGCGCGCUGGGUGGCGGCCGGGCUAGACCGGAUGGCGGCGGCUGGGCCCGCGGACAUCUCGGUGCGCCUAGAGGCGGCGCCGGGCGGCAGCGGCGGCGGCGGCGGCGGCGGCGGGGAGGUGGCGGUAGUUGAGAGCUCGUUCGUCAUGCGGCCCGCCGCGCUCCCAGCGGAAGCAGGGGUCGGCGGCGGCGGCGGCGGCGGCGGCGGGGCGGAGGUGGCAGGCGCGGGCGUGGGGGAGGUUGGCGGCGCGCAUUGGAUGGCGAUGGCGGGGAUCGAGGCGGCGCUGGAGGGCGCUGACAUCAGCGCCCCCGCCGCGGCAGCGCCCUCGGAAGCCGAGGGGCAAGCGGGGCCGGAGGGGGAGGUGGCGGUGUCUGCAACGUACAGGGUGCACGCCAGCGGCCUCGUCGAGACGGAGUGGCGCGUCGACGCGUCCCGCGCGCUGCCCGCCCGUCUCGCGCCGGGCCUGAGGGCGUCGCUGCCCCGCGUCGGGCUGCGCGCGGGGGCGGCGUUCGGGCGGAGCGCGCGGGUGCGGUGGCUCGGGCGCGGGCCGCACGAGUGCUACCCGGACAGGAAGCUCUCGGCGGCGCUGCGUCAGCACGAGAGGCACGUGGGCGCCCUGUAUGUGCCCUAUGUCUACCCCCAGGAAAAUGGCGGCCGAACAGACACCUCUUGGCUCACCAUCAGCGGCGGCCCCGGCCCCGCCCUCGCCUUUGUCUGCACCUCCAACGCCGCCGCCAGCGGCCCCGCGGCCGCGGCGCCGGGCGCGCGGGCGGCGCGGCCGGCGCUGGCGCUGUUCACCGUGGCGCGCCACGGGUGGCGGGCAGUGCAGGAGGCGAGGCGGCCGUACCGGCUUGACGAAUGCGAGCGCGCCGCAGCAGCAGCAGAAGCCGCCGCCAGAGCAGCCGGCGCAGCAGCAGCAGCAGCAGCUGCGGCGGCGGCGCCGGAGUCCCCCAGCGCCGUUGCAGACGCAAGUGGCGGCGCAGCGGCGGCCGUGGAAGGCGACGCGCCGCCCGACGCGCCGCCCGAUGAGCCGGCCAUGCUGCAUGUGCACCUGGAUGCGGCGCACAUGGGGGUCGGCGGGGACGACUCGUGGAGCCCGUCGGUGCACGACGCCUAUUUGGUGCCCCCGGGGGAGUACUCGUUUGGCGUUGCCCUGCUCCCACUGCCACUGCCCGGCCCCCGCGGCACAUGA